ACAGUGACGUCACCUCCUGGCCGGACAGACGGGGGCUGGAAGCUUCUGGCAGAGAGACAUUGUUGACGUUUUGUUUUGAUCUUUUUCUACCUGGAUUUUUGCUCCAUUGCAUCGACAUUAGCCGCUUCUGUUAGACGUCUGCGCCACGACACUAGCGUCACGCCUCAGUGUGGGGAGCCAGCAAAAAUGAAAUGGAUGUUUAAAGAGGAUCAUUCCCUCGAGCACCGAUGUGUGGAGUCAGCCAAAAUACGCAACAAAUAUCCCGACCGAGUGCCGGUGAUUGUGGAGAAGGUGUCCGGCUCGCAGAUAGUGGACAUCGACAAGAGGAAGUACCUGGUGCCCUCUGACAUCACGGUGGCCCAGUUCAUGUGGAUCAUCAGGAAACGCAUCCAGCUGCCCUCAGAGAAAGCCAUCUUCCUUUUCGUCGACAAAACGGUCCCCCAGUCCAGUCUGACUAUGGGCCAGCUGUACGACAAGGAGAAGGACGAGGACGGCUUCCUGUACGUGGCCUACAGCGGAGAGAACACCUUCGGUUUCGAGGCCUUUUAUACAUCGCGGGGUUAACGCUGUGCUGUAUGCCACUCUGUCUCCCUCACACACACACACACACAUGAACACACACACACACACACGUACACUGACAGCAGGGCCCGACAUCUACUGGUGCACACUGUUAUUGUCUGACGCUAAGCUUUGACGGAUAUAUCGGUACUGACGUGUUACACGUGUGACGCACCGACACGGUCAGCACAAGCAGCACUUCAGCACAACCAGUCAUGAUUACGUUACCAACACCUGCAUCUCAGGCAGACCUGUGUGGAUCCAAAACUAAAAGUUGCCAGAAUAAACAAAACGUUUAAAAGCUACUCUUUCAAACUCAAAGAUUGUAAGAAAUUUUUUCAACACGCCAUAAUUUUUACAUCACCAUAAAAAAAAAAAAUUCAGUAAAAUCAUUAUCCCACAUAGGUACAUCAUAUAACAUUAAUUUUCCUAUAAUCAGCAUCAGACAAGAAACCUGUUGGGCUCUAACGCACACACAUGCACACACUCCAGCGAUCACACUUCACUCCACCCGGUAACGCUUCGUUUCUUUCAGCAAAGCUUGAUUAAGUCAUAGAAAAACCACAUCGGGGAGAAGAAUCCUUAUAAUCAUGUGAUCAUUAACCAUGCUAUGGAUGCAUUUGUAUGUAUUUAGACUUCAGUAUGUAAAUUUAAAUCUGUAGGUGCACUCGGCAGGAUGAUAGACUGUGAACGCAGGAAUGGCAACAAGCCACUAAGCAGAUUGAGCCGACGACACGCUGGUUACCAGGCGGCCGGCGUCCAGUCUGUCCAGCUCAGGGCCAAACCAUCAGCCAAACACAUCAACACUUUACCGCAGACGCACUGUGCUGCACGACAAGCAGCCUGUAAGCCCGUCAGGAGCAGAGGUCAGGUUUUCUUAUGUUGUUAUCAGAUCAUAUCACCAAUUUGACCCAAAAGGGGAAAAAAAAGAAUCUGUCGGAUGAUCAAAUCUCCUGAUCAGGGCAUUCCACGAGUUACUUUGCGAUCAAGCGUUUUAUUUUGCUAUGUCCUCACUGCACCUCUACCUCAGUUUGUGAUUUCCUGCAUUUCCAGAAUUCUUUCUGACAACCGCCAAAAGAACUGGCCCGAUGAGGCCCAGGAAUUUUAUCUGUGGGAUAACGCAGCGGGUUUUUCCAGUCAAGCAGAAGCGAGUGUGGCCACCCAUGAUCAGAAUGCAUGUCUUGUGGCAGUGUUGCAUUCUGGUCUGUUGAGGCUACUGUCGAUGAUGGAGAAAUUAGCAUCUGUGCCUCUUCUAGGAUGAGUUUCUCUCCCUGUGUGAUUGUUGUGAAAAACGGCGGCUGCAUAAAGGAGCCCUCAGUCUUUGAUUCUGAGGUACUGGCACCAAAAUCUGAACUUUACACAAACUCCAUUAUGGCUGCGCUGGACAUAUUUCAACAUGAUGUCACUUUGUCAACAUUUGCACAGUCGUCCCUUUGAAUAAAUCAAAAAACAUCACCCAAACAACAAAAAGGACCUAGAAAUUCAAGGCACGUUCAUGGACCAACCACACAAAAGCUAAUUCCAGGUUCUUUUUGACGGCUGACGUGAAACUGGCAUUAACUCCGGAACAAAAUGAGGAAGAAAAGUGGAUGGAUGCAGACAUAUUGACCUGAUUCACAGUGGAAACUUUAGAAGAUUUGAAAGCUCGCCCGACUCAGUGCCAGAUAGUUUGCAUUAUGAUCUUUUGGAAAUUUUGUUCUUUUAAUGGGUGACAGGCGACGGGUGAUGAGCACCAUCGGAAGUGCCGAAAUUUACCUUAAAAACAGUCACACACCCUAAAUCAUUAAAGAGGAACUGAAUCCCAAACCCAAAUCUGUUUUGAAGCCUGACCUCUAGUGGUGAAAAGUAGGGCGGCUGGUCUUUGGUGGCAGGUGAUGUCAUCAGCCACCCUACUUUUCACCACUAGGGGUCAGGUUUCAUGCAAAUUUCAGGGUUUUCUCUUUAAACAGAGAGAGAUUUGUCAGGGUGGAAUUUUCCCUCUAAUAUCCUGUCAUGAGCUCUGCAGCCGCUCUGAACUGUUAAAUCUCUGAUGUAUUGUUAAUGCGCAAGAGAUUGCUUAAAACGGAGUUAUGAUUGUUAUCUUUUUUUUUUUUUUUUUUUUUAAAUAUACCAUCAGUUUAGAAACGGUUUGCGGGCGGCAGCACUAAAGGAAACAUCCAGCACUUACGGUGUUGCACCUUGCAUCCCUGUGUUAAUUUUAAUUUAGCAGUGCAACUCAUAAAUUUCAGGUUAUGGUGUCAGCACCUCAGAAUCAGAAUAACGGCUUCUUUCCAGAGUCAACAUUUACCGCCAACACUCAGCAGUCACACACAGCAGCUAUAGCGAGUUUUACAGCGACAGUUUGGGUUCUUACCGUACAGCAGAAUUUGCAUAUGAGUGUAAUAGAUGCACCAGGUUUGGCCUGUCAGCACCCUCCCUGUUGUGAGAGGAGCACUUCACCGGGGGUGCUGUCAUCCAGAAUCAACUGUACCACCCCCUUGCUAACUGGUGGGAACUACUUUGGCUGUAUUACUACGCAACAGUUAGCAAGCAGGAGGGCUGAAAGAGAGCAGCGAUGACACAUCGGCCACGGUUUGAAAUUGUGUUUUUUACAAGAUCAACUUUAUUCAUCUUGGAUCCCAGUGCAGCGCUCAUUCGCUCAACAAGGAUGGCGCUGACGGGUCAGCCUUGGAGGAUCUACCAGACUUGUGUGAGAGAGCAAACACCACCAUACAUCCCAUGAGAGUGAUCAUACAAACUAGUUAUCUAGCUUUCUGUAUGUAAAUGUCCAAUCCUUGUUUUUAGUGGCUGUCAUGGGGCUUUCUGCAAUCUUUAGGAAAUCACUGCCGUAAGUGGAAGAGCAUGAGGCGGGCUGAGGGAGAGUAGGUACAAAAAACAAAACAAAAAAAAACCUUGAUUACAAAGUUCUCCCUGGAUUCCUGACUGCCAUCACCCCAACUCUCUGAACCUGCAGCCGGAUCCUGUCAGCGCUGCAGCUCCAGUCCACCGCGUCAGCACGUGAUGAGCAGAUAUGAGUGUCAUCAAAAACACUUUAUGACUAGAAAGAGUUUAUCCACAUGAGCAACAGGGUUCACUUUAAAUAGAGUUAACUCAGAAUAUACUGAACCCAAGCCAAUUCUAUCUUCAAUUUCAAUUUUCUGAUUAUCUCACACUCAAAAUUAACUUUUAAUGUGCUUAUGAUGUGUUAGAGUUUUUAUUUUAUUUUGAACACCGUGUUUAUACAGACUGUCGUGAGAAUAUAAAACGCAUCAUACACUCCACUUUCCCACCGACACGUCUCAUAAUUUCUGAUGAGCUCUUGAGGUAAUUUGAACACAUUUCUCAAAGAUGACAAUGAAAAAUCAGUAAUGCAUCUUUUUUUUUUUCCCCAGACACUGACGAUUUGGCUGUUAUUGUAGUUUUGGUGCUGAAUUGGUUUAUGAAAUCUGGUGUUUCCAUCGUUUGAGCCCUUUUACCUUCCACAUUUGUACACCAUAAAGCCGAUUCAGGCUCUUAAACAUGGGAUGUAACACUGACAGUAUUCCUAGAAGUGUAAUAUAUUGAUCGAAUGCUAUGAUAUACAUUAUUGUUUUCUUUCAUCAGUGUUGUUUGAUUGUUUAUUAUAUCUUAAAAACGUCAAAGAAUUUUAGAUAUUUCAAAAAGGUGAAGGUAGCUGGAUGACCUGACCAAUAAAAACAAAUGUAAAAUGA